AUGUCGUCUAUCAUCGCCCCCCAGCACGACACCAAGCUGCUCAUCCUGGCCCUGGAGCGCCUCAAGGAGCAGUACGUGGCGGCGGUGCGGCUCAACCAGCAGCAGCGCGAGGAGCUGGGGCUGGUGGAGCAGGCGUAUGACAACCCGCACGAGGCGCUGCAGCGCAUCAAGCGCCACCUGCUCACCAACCGGCACUUCAAGGAGGUGGCCAUCGAGUUCAUGGACAUGUACAGCCACCUGAUCCCUGUCUACGAGAUCGAGCCGCUGGAGAAGAUCACGGACUGCUACCUGGACCAGUACCUCUGGUUCGAGGCCGACAAGAGGCACCUGUUCCCCAACUGGGUCAAGCCCGCCGACAGCGAGCCGCCGCCGCUGCUCGUCUACAAGUGGUGCCAGCGCCCCUGA